AUUUGGUGAACUGGUUCGACCGGUUCAUUAAAAAGAACCGGUUCAAAAGAACGAUUCGUUCGCGAACCGGACAUCACUAGAUCAGAGUGAAACCGAAAGCAGUUUUCUUAAGACGCCAUUUUCCAGAAUUGAGAACUAUAAAUAAUUCUUGGUCUGAAAUUAGCCAUUCAUUAUGAAGUUCCUGUGAGGAGAGAGAUGAGGGGAGCGCUGCCUCUAAAAUGAGUGUCUAUGAGAAUAGAGAGGAGGCUCAGGAGGAGGGGGCUCAUCAGUACCUGACUCUGAAAACAACAUCUCCAAUAUCAAGCUGUGGGUCUAUGAAGAGUGAGGCAUCAAUUUUUCUGCCUGCAACAUCCAGUAAUGAAACAGUGACCUCUGACACCAUCAGGGAGAGAUCAAAUUUGUCAGAGCUCAGCUAUGUGUCUUUGAAGAGUGAAGAUUCCAUAAAGAUUUUGCCUCCUGAUCUGAGUGGUGGAGCAAUGAUCCCUGAACCCAGCAGGGAGAGAUCAAAUUUGUCAGAGCUCAGCUAUGUGUCUUUGAAGAGUGAAGAUUCCAUAAAGAUUUUGCCUCCUGAUCUGAGUGGUGGAGCAAUGAUCCCUGAUCCCAGCAGAGACAGACUGAGAUCAGAAUCUUCAGAGCUCAGCUGUGUGUCCAUGAAGAGUGAAGAUUCUAUGAAGAUUCUGCCCCUUGAUCUCAGUCAUAAAGCAGUGGCCUCUGACCCCAGUAGGGUGAGAGAUGAUGUGAUGAGAUCUGUGCAGGCCCCUCUGACUUGCAGAGCCUCCAAUUGUCAGACCCACAUCAGCCAGCAUGAAACAGAAGCAGCUCUGCAGACACACACACUUCUGGAGGAGACUGGGGACUUGCAGCAGGAUUCACACCAACCAAUGAAUGAUGUCCUGAAGAGAAUCAAAGAGACUCACAAAACCAGCAUGAAGAACAGGUAUGAAAGCUUAUAUGAGGGAAUCAAACUACAGAAGAAUCAGACCUUCUUGAACAGGGUUUACACACAGCUAUGCAUCAUAGAGGGAGAGAGUGAAGGGGUGAAUGAAGAACAUGAGGUUUUACAGAUGGAGAAAACAUCCAGAACACAACACUUACAAAACACUCACAUCAACUGCAAUGACAUCUUUAAUCCAUUACCUAAAUCAGGAAGUGUGGAGAGGAAAGAGCACAUAAAGACUGUUAUUACUAAAGGCAUCGCUGGAAUUGGAAAAACAGUCUCUGUUCAGAAGUUCAUUCUGGACUGGGCCGAGGGAAAAGCCAACCAGGAUGUAGAUUUCAUGUUUGUGCUUCCAUUUCGAGAGCUGAAUUUGAUUGAAGAUGUCCAGUACAGUCUUCACAGACUUCUGCUUGACUUUUAUCCUGAAAUUCAAGAUCUCGAUUCAAAGAUUUAUGAGGAGUGUAAAAUUGUGUUCAUCUUUGAUGGUCUGGAUGAAAGCAGAAUUACACUAAUGUUUUCAGACAGUGAGAAUGUUUCUGAUGUGGCUGAGGCUUCAUCAGUGGGUGUGUUGAUGUCAAACCUUAUAAGAGGAGAGCUGCUUCACUCUGCUCUGAUCUGGAUCACCUCCAGACCAGCAGCAGCCAAUCAGAUCCCCUCAAAUUACAUUAACCGUGUGACAGAAAUUCAGGGAUUCACUGAUCCCCAGAAGGAGGAAUAUUUCAGGAAGAGAAUCAAUGAUCAGCAUCAAGCUACCAGAAUUAUCUCACACGUUAAAAGAUCAAGAAGCCUCCAUAUCAUGUGUCACAUACCUGUCUUCUGCUGGAUCUCAGCCACUGUGCUUCAAAACAUCCUCAAACAAGAUCCCAGUUCAGAAAUCCCUAAAACUCUGACUGAAAUGCACAUCCACUUCCUGCUCAUCCAGAUAAAUAUGAUGAAUCAGAAGUAUGAGAGAGACCCAGAGAAACUCCGGCAGUCCAACAGAGAAGUGAUGGUGAAACUUUCUGAACUGGCUUUCAAUCAGCUGAUGAAGGGCAAUGUGAUGUUCUAUGAGGAGGACCUUAGAGAGAGCGGCAUAGACGUCACUGACGCCUCAGUGUAUUCUGGGAUUUGCACUGAGCUCUUCAAGGAGGAAACUGGGAUUCAUCAGAGGAAAGUCUACUGCUUCAUACAUCUGAGCUUUCAGGAAUUUCUGGCUGCUUUCUGUGUGUUUUAUCAUUAUGUGAUCAAAAAUUCUAAUGCAUUGCAGUUUUUUGAUGUAAUGCAUAGUCUCCAGAAGGAAGCAGUAAAGAAAUCUCUGCAAAGUAAAACUGGACACCUGGAUCUUUUCCUUCGAUUCCUGCUGGGCAUCUCACUGGAGUCCAAUCAGAGACUCUUACAGGAUCUACUGACACACACAGUGAACAGUUCAGAGACCAUCAGAGAAACCACUACCUACAUCAAAGGCAAAAUCGAGAGCGACAAACAUCUGUCAGCUGAAAGAUCCAUCAAUCUGUUUCUCUGUCUUCUUGAAGUGAAUGAUCAGAGUCUGCUCAAAGGGAUUCAGAAGUUUCUGAAAUCAGAGAAACACUCAGUGAAUAAACUCUCUGCUGCUCACUGCUCAGCAAUAGCCUACAUGCUACAGAUAUCAGAGGAAGUGCUGGAUGAGUUUGAUCUGAAGAAGUACAAAACAUCAGAGGAGGGUAGAAGGAGACUGAUACCAGCUGUGGGGAACUGCAGAAAAGCUCUUAUUACUGGCUGUAAUCUCACUGGUCAGUGCUGUGAAAUCGUGAUAUCAGCUUUACAAUCAUCAAACUCCCCCCUGAGAGAGCUGGACCUGAGUAAUAAUGACCUGCAGGAUUCAGGAGUGAAGAUGAUUUCUGAUGGACUCAAGAGUACAAAUUGUAAACUGAAAAUAUUAAGAUUAUCUGGCUGUAUGGUAACAGAGGAAGGCUGUUCUUAUCUGGCUUCAGCUCUGAGUUCAAACCCCUCACACCUGAGAGAGCUGGAUCUGAGCUACAAUCACCCAGGAGACUCAGGAGUGAAGCUGCUCUCAGAAAGACUGAAAGACCCAAACUGUUCACUGGAGAUACUCAAUGUGGAUCAUGGGGGAGAGUUCAGGAUUACAGCAGGACCACAAAAAUAUAUCUGUGAUCUUACACUGGAUCCAAACACAGCAAACACUCAUCUCUCUCUGACUGGGGAGAACAGGAAGGUGACACAUGUGACACAGGAGCAGUCAUAUCCUGAUCAUCCAGAGAGAUUUGAGCACUAUGCUCAGCUUCUGUGUAGAGAGAGCAUGACUGGACGCUGUUACUGGGAGGUUGAAUUGAGUGGAAGGGGGGCUGAUAUAUCAGUGGCAUUUAAAACAAUUAGCAGGAAAGGAGGAAGUGAUUGUAGGUUUGGAUCCAAUGAAAAAUCUUGGAAUCUGAGCUGCUCUGAUAACAGAUUCACUGCCAGGCACAAUAACAGCACUGAUAUUCCUGCCCCUUCAUCCCGCUCUAACAGAGUAGGAGUGUAUCUGGACCAGCCGGCCGGCACUCUGUCUUUCUACAGCGUCUCUGACACACUCACACACAUACACACAUUCACUUCCACAUUCACUGAACCUCUCUAUGCUGGUUUUGGACUUUAUUAUGGCUCCUCAGUGUCUCUGUGUGAUAUUAAAUAACAGAAACACACCUUAGUGUGUACAGAAAAAAAAACUCACUUUAAACACACAAACUAUUCAGACGUUUAUUCAAUUCACAUUUCAAUUCACAUUUAUUUGUAUAGUGCUUUUCACAAUACAUAUAGUUUCAAAGCAGCUUUACAGAAAAUGUAUGUGUCUACAUUACAAUUUCAAGUGAUCUGUUAUCAGAGGUGACUGUGUCCAAGUAAUGGAUUUCAGAAAUGAACAUAUACAAAUCACACAGUUUGCUAACAAUGUAUUAAUUUAAUCUUUGAAGUAAUGAAUAUAUGUUGUUAACAACAUGAUUAGGAUAUAUAUAUAUAUAUAUAUAUAUAUAUAUAUAUAUAUAUAUAUUAGGUGUGCGGUAAACAAUUUAACAUGAUGUGGAGGCAAAGAACCACCCAGUGCGAAGCUAAGCACACAUAUACACAAAAGUAAACUCUCUCUUGCACGUUUAAAUUCAAUAAAGCUUGCUGUGACAAUCACAAUCUAGAUGAAUUUAUAAAUUUAGAUAAGAAAAAUAAUGAAAUAAAGACAUACCAUAUGUAAACCUAAAUAUAAAUAAAAACAUGCAAUUUGUAAAAAAAUAAAAAAAUAAAAAAAAAUAAAAAAAAAACGUAAUCAGCCAUACACCAUUAUUGAGUAGUGCUUUGAGCAAAAGAAAAAUAAUUCAUUUAAAUUAAUUGCAGCGGCAUCAUUUCCAGAAGUCCAAAAAUGGGACUUUUGACUGUUCUGUGUAAUUUUUGAUGAAAAAGAAAGUCUCAGUAGAUUGGAUCUGUUCCAUUGGAUUUCCAUAAUUGGAGAAAGGAUUACUGGUCAGGUCUCGCAGGUCAAUAAAUCUGUUGUAUGGAGAUCUCUCCCCACGAUCACCCCUUCUCUUUACUUAAAGUCUUUUGCAAAAACAAACAAGAAUUGUCAUGUUUUUGUUAUUUUGAAUAAAACAAAGUCUUGGCUUUCAAACUCUCAGUGUUGCAAUGUAAUUUGAACAGCAAAUGUUAAUAGACAGUAAGACAGUAAACAGUAAGACACUGUUUAAUGUGUUGUGACAAAUCGCACUAGUCAUUUCAAAUGACUGCGCUGUAGUGCUCUGUCCCCCUGAUCUUUUUCAGUCAAUUUUCUCAAAAACAACCAUUUAUGACCCGACAAAGGUUUGGAGUAGAAACAUUAUAAUAAUGUUAGAAAGCUGAGACUUUCCUAUUUACUUUGUAAUGACAAUGUAAAAAGAUUUGUUUCUGGGUCCAAGUCACUGAAAAUGACAGAAAAUGUCAUAUCUUCACUUUUCAAAUAUAUGCAUGAUUUUCUCUACAAAUUGUAUAUAAAUAAAUCUAAUUUAAUAUA